AUGCUUAGCAGCACCAACACCAACACCACCACCAAGAACACCCCGGAUUCCAUGAGAGCAGCCGCCGUCCUGAAAGCAACCAUGUCGAAUCUCUCCCACGCAAAGAUAGUCCCCCGCCCCUCCAAAACCCGAGGCGCAGCCAACCAUGGCUGGCUCGACACCAAACAUACAUUCUCUUUUGCCGGGUGGUAUGAUCCCAGAUACUCGCAAUUCGGAUCCCUACGGGUCUUGAACGAAGAUCGCGUCAUGCCCGGCGAAGGGUUCCCGACACACUUCCAUCAAAACGCCGAAAUCUUCUCCUACGUCCUGUCGGGCGAACUGACCCAUCGCGAUUCGAUGCAGAAGAAAGGGGCUGAAUCUCAAGACAAGGACAAAUUCUACCGCCUUCACCGCGGCGAUGUGCAGUUCACCACGGGCGGACGGGGCAUCUCUCACAGCGAGUACAAUGAACACAACAAGGACUGGGUGCACUUCCUCCAGAUCUGGGCCCUGCCGUGGAAGAGGAACUUGCCUCCCAUCUAUCACACCAGCACCUUCUCGGAGGAAGACAAGCGCAAAGAUUUUGUCACAAUCAUUACUCCGUUGAAGGCGGGUCCCAACGCGAGCCUGGAGGACGAGAAGGCAGCCAUCCCCACCAAGGAGGGCACCAUUCCCAUUCACGCCGAUCUCGUGUUUAGUGCAGGCAUCAUCCCCACGAACAAUACAUUCACCUACCAAGUGGGCGGCGGAGACCUUGUCACAUCCAAAUCCGACCGAAAGGUGUACAUCCACUUGCCGGAAACAAAAGGUGGAAAGGCCAAGAUCCGGCUGGACGGACGAGAGGGCGCGAUACUUAAGGAAGGAGAUGGCGCAUAUGUGACUCAUGUCAAUGCGGGUGACAUGCUCAAGAUUGAAAGCGUUGGAGAAGCAGAGGCCGAGGUUGUGGUUAUCGACUCGGAAUAA